CCUUUCAUUUGUGAACAUCUCUGUUUCUUCCAGUUGACUCUCGUGGCUUCAUCAUGGCUCCUCAGGGGCGUCAGAUCCUUGGUAUCCUGCUGUCCUUCAUCGGCUGGCUGGGCACCAUCAUCACCUGCGCUCUGCCCAUGUGGAGGGUCGGUGCUUUCAUUGGGGUGAACAUCAUCACCACACAGGUGACCUGGGAGGGCCUGUGGAUGAACUGUGUGGUCCAGAGCACGGGGCAAAUGCAGUGUAGAGUGCACGACUCCAUGCCGGGUCUGCCUCAGGACCUGCAGGCUGCCAGGGCCAUAGUGAUCAUCUCUGUGAUUGUUGGGGUCUUUGGCAUACUGACUGCUAUCGUUGGAGGGAAGUGCACCAACUGCGUGAAGGAUGAGGCGUCCAAAGCUAAUGCCUGCAUGGUCUCUGGAGUGAUCUUCAUAAUAACCGCCUUACUUAUCCUGAUUCCGGUGUCCUGGUCAGCUAACACCAUCAUCAGAGACUUCUACAACCCGAUGGUGAUCGCAUCACAGAGACGGGAGCUCGGCGCUGCGCUCUACAUCGGCUGGGUCUCUGCAGGUCUGCUGCUUCUAGGAGGGGGUCUGCUAUGCAGCAACUGCCCCCCAAAGGACAGCAGAACCUACAUAUCUGCCAAGUUUGGCCCUGCAAGAACCGUGUAAUCAAUAAUGGACUAUGUGUGAGUCAAUUGGCUGUAAAGGCUUUUAUUCAUUUGAAAAAGAUGUCAUGACUAAUAGACAUUUCAUUUCCUAUUUUAUCUGUAGUUAUUUAGUCCUUUUAUAACAUUUAGAAAGAUUCAAAAUGAUUUUAGCAAGGUUUCUCAUUGAAUAAACUUUUCAAGUUUUCAUUUGAUUUUUUAUUCUUAAAUAAAGAGUUUUUGAAAAUGAUAAAUAUUAAACAUAAUUGCUAACCUGAGUAAUAAUGAUACAUAUGAGAAAUGCCCCAACCAGUCAGCAGGAAAUGGGAAUCAGACAAUUUUUUUGUAAUCUGCUCUGAGAGCAAGUCAAAUCCUUAGAAAUCUGAUACUAUUCAUCAAACACACCAAAACGAAGAAACCCCAUCUUUAUUGAUCCAUAAACAUAUCAAUAAACAGCUUCCAAUAUGACACUUUUUGAGUCUGAAAUCAAAUAAUGUUUCUGUAAUUCCUUAGUUUUCUGUUACAUUUAGAAAUCACUAUUGUCAAACAAUCUGAUAUAUCUGACCUAGAAAAACCUGAUCGGUGCAUUUCUAAUAUGCGCCUGUUCUGACUUCUAAGAUAUUGUUGCAACUUUACUAUUUCUGGAUAACUAUAGUAUGUUACAAAGAGCAUGAAAUGAGUUGUAUAACAUAAAUGUCACUGAAGGGAUUUGAAAUAUCUUCCAAAUGUCUGUAACAAAAGGUGUUUGUUUAAACUGCUUACUUCUGUUAUCCUUCACCUGCCCUGUUAUCACAUUGAAAAAGGUUCUCCUUGUGAUAAGAUCCAGCUGAGGAACCUCCUGGGAAUUUACUGUAACUGGCUGAGAUGUUUGCCACACUGUAAUGAACAGCUUCUAUACUGACAUAAUGAUUUAUUGUUUCUGAGCGCUGCGUAGGCUUUUAUGCAUGUUGUAGAGCAACAGUUUUAAGAGGAAGUUUGAAGAAUGCAUAUAAGAGUUGUUUGGAAAAUGAAAUGUUUAAAACCUCUUUAAUGCUUCAGAUUCAGAUUAAUUUAAUACAUCAAAAGAAAAAAGACACCCUGUUUUAACUUGAGUUUUCUUGAAUAUCAACCUUUCAACUUUCACUGUUAAUUACUGAUUUUGCAUUUAAACAUAUUAAUCCUGCUUGA